CUAAUGGAUGGUGGUAGGAGAGCUUUCUUGGCGAGGAACUUGUUGUUAUCGUUCUUCUUUUCUGUAUUCAGUUCGAGAUUAAAGCUUUCGACAGCUCAAAUGGUGCCGGCGGUGUUUGUUUUCGGGGAUUCCUUGGUCGACGUCGGGAACAACGAUUACCUCCCGGUUUCGAUCGCGAAAGCAGAUUUUCCUCACAACGGAAUCGAUUUCCCUACCGAGAAACCAACUGGGAGGUUUUGCAAUGGCAAGAAUGCUGCAGAUUUUCUUGCUGAAAAACUAGGGUUACCAAGUUCACCACCCUAUCUGUCCUUGUCAAAGAAGAAAGAUGCCCCUUCUUAUAUAAACGGUGUUAGCUUUGCCUCCGGUGGUGCUGGAAUCUUCAACGGCACGGAUCAAACUUUAGUAAGUCUUGAAAAUCUCGUGAAUAUUUAAUCUUAAAGAUGAUUGUAUGAACUAGUUGCUUUUUAAAUUGAGCUGUUAGGGUUUGUUGUUUCAUGUGUUUUUCCAAAUUUUAUUCCGGGUCAAUCCAUACCAUUAUCAAAACAAGUGGACAACUACAUUGCAGUGCAGAAAAUACUUUUCCAGCAAAUGGGAUCGUUUGCUUCAGAAAAGCACCUUUCGAAGUCGCUUUUCGCCAUUGUUAUCGGCAGCAAUGACAUUUUCGAUUACUUCGUAUCGUCGGAUCUUAGAAAGAAGAACACCCCACAACGAUAUGUGGACUUGAUGGCUAACACCCUAAAAGGACAACUCAAGAGACUAUACGAAACCGGUGCUAGUAAAUUCUUUCUCACCGGCAUCGGAGCAAUAGGGUGCGUUCCGGCGGAAAGGGUUAAAAACAAAACUCAUGAAGGCAGCGAAGAACGAAAUUUCUGGUCUGACAAAUACAAUGAAGAGCUGAAGGCAAUGUUGAAAGGGUUAAAAUCAGAACUUCAAGGCGUAAACUACUCUUACUUUGAUACUUACAGUAUCAUGCAAAGCGUGGUCCAAAAUCCAUCUUCUUACGGGUUCAAUGAGAUAAAAAGUGCAUGUUGUGGACUUGGGGAUUUGAAAGCUGAAUUUCCUUGUUUGCCGGUUUCGAAGUAUUGCUCCAACAGGAGCGAUCAUGUUUUCUGGGAUCUGUAUCAUCCGACAGAGGCAACGGCUAGGGUUUUUGUGGAUACUCUUUUUGACGGUCCUUCGCAAUACUGUGUUCCGAUGAAUGUUAGGCAAUUAGUUUCUACUUGAAACUUAUAGUGAAAAGAUCAAUACCUUACAGUACUGAGAAUCAUAUAGCCGUUUGCGACUUUAAUAUUUGAGACAAUAUGACACGAAGAA